CGGAGAGACUUGAUCCCACAGUGCGGGCAAUGGCCGAGUAACAUGGCUUGAGACAACAUUCCAACCUCAAAGUUACGUCAUCGCUAGGAGAAACGGUCGGACACCCACUGGCAUCCCUGUCCGUUUCCUUUGUGGUCAGACAACGCAAAAGAGCGUCAGCCAACCGAUCCCGUCUGGCACCUGGAGGGGAUGUCGAUCGUCUUCCGAGAUCUCGAUGAACUCUCUCUUGCAGCUUCUUCUCGAGAAGAGAUUCAAAAAAGCGAGAGAGAAAUGCAAAAACUCGGCGGCCGGGGAAUGCUGGCAGCAUGCUGGUUGAGCAGUGGGGAAAAAGAACACUGGGGGAUUCUUCAAUCCCGCCAGAUUGCACCGGUCCAUAGCGCCUGACGCAAUGUUCCUCCAUUUGCAGCCCGGCACCAAACCAAAGGGCGGGGACCUUGCCUGAUGAGGGGAGAAAGCAAACGCUGGCAGGUGAUUCGACAGAAACAACCAAUUCGCCACACAUGCCCCACCUCCCUCAAUUUGUUUCCGACCUCUUGAGAUGGUUCCAUCCAUGCCAUUCUUUGGAUUCUCUGUCACCUCACCGUUGGCGAAGGAUUGUAUUGAUUUGCUGGUUGCUGGUUGCUGUUGCUUCCGUUUUGUUAACCACACACCAUCUCCGGCCGUCUUUUCGGUCAGAAAUGACAUGGUUAUGCCCGCACAGCCGGGUCUCGAACGCUGGAAGCGCUCGGCAGACAUGGCCGAAUAUUGGAUAUCUGGUGAAAGCUGGUCGUGCCGGGCAUCUUCCCCGGCUGCCGGCCAAAGCAUCUAGACCUUUGAUCGACACUGCAAGGCCUGAAGGAGAAGGAUCGAUCGAAGAGACCAGUUCAUAGGACCAGCAUCUCGGGCCUGUCGAGUUCUGCUGUGUUUGACACGACAAGACCGACUGACAAGAAUGAGUAGGCGUAAAAGAAUCCGAGGUUUGACAGGAUCAUCGAAAAGAGAUAUAUCCAUCCCGGAGAUAUGGGAAACAUGGCAAAAACGGACAUUGUCAAAACAAAGGUCUGAGCAGAAUGGCAAUUUGAAGACUGCUCGCUGGAACGGGCACCCGUUGCGUGCUUUCCUUUCCUCUUCCGCCGGAGGUGCAGUGCCAAGGGUGGAAAUCCUCACGCGAAGUCAAAGACACGGUCGAGCCGUGCGAGCACAGUGAAGCAGAAGCCCCACCGCUCCACCACGUCCUUUUCUGUGGCCAGGACUUAUGCAAGACCCGGCUCCAAGCCGUAUGAUGGUUAUCAGCACGAGGUGUUGCUCGGUUUUUUGUCACCUGGUAUCGAGUGUUAGUGGUAUCAAGAGUAAUUCGUGAUAGAAAAAAAUCAAAAAGGUACCGGGCGCCUCACCGUUGAUAUUCACGCAUGGCUGGAUCAUAACUGCAAGACAUGCGGGCCGUGGGAGUGAUGGCUAAUGUUCCUCGCCUCGGUACGGUCAGCGAGUCGCUCCAAAGACCGGGAGAGGCAAAAGUAGGUAGCACGGUAGCUAGCUUUCCCUCAAAGUGCGGUUCGGUAUAUUUUUUGAAGGGCAUGCAAAGCACGCAAGGUGUGUGUGGGGGGGCAGAAAAAGGGGGCAGUCUGGAAGUUGACGUGUAAGAACCUGCUUUGUAAUGGAUUCCGAGGACUGCCCAGUCUCGUCUCUUUGGUCAGGCUAUUCUAUUAUCGAUUAUCUCACUGCCUUGGUAUUUUCAAAAGCAAAAAGAAAGCGAAGCAACCUGUCACCUCGAAGAUAUCUGACCUGGAGAAGCAAGACAGUUGCAGUGUCGAAGGCAGUUGGUGGCUGAACUGACAAGAGAGCGGUCCCGCCCGGACAGAGUUUCUUCCUUUCAUGGACACGGACCCAGUGGGUGCUGCCCCCGGACCACACAUUAGCGACCCCAUUAUUUUUUAUUUCACCUUGCGCCAUCUUCCUCCUCCAACGUCAUACCUGACGUCGCUCCCCAUUCCCGGUCUUGUCCCAUUUCUCUUUCCGCACACACACCCACACCCGCACGCAAAGCACCACGUCGCGACACACUACGUAACUAUUCUCGAAGCCGACAGUGUCCUGGAGCGCUGCAGAGUAGCGUCGCAGCCCUUUUUUAUGGGUUUGAAGACCAAGUGACCUCAUAGUCGUCGCUUUUCCCCUUUGCUCAGUCUUUUUCUGCGAAGGCAAGCACAGCUGCAGCAGCAAGGCGCCGCAAGAUUUUGAUUGACAUCAUGGGGUUGUCCACUGGAGCCGCUGGCCGAGGUGAGUCCAAGUCGCCCAAACAGUCCAGCAAGAAAGCAUCCCCACCGCGACAAGACACGCAAUCCGACGCCAAAAAUGACGGCCCCUUGAAGUCUGCCACCGCCACCACCACCACCGAACCAUCGUCAUCAUCCAAUGCGGAAGCCACCAAGCCGCUCGCGCCUCCGCCCCGUCCCAAUCAGCAGCAGAACAAUCAACAGCAAGCCGGCACCAACUCGCCCGACUACUUUUCGAACCCCCCCGGCGUCGGCGCGGCUUUGUUGAGCCUCGAGCCGAACCCCUUUGAGCAGUCCUUUGGCGGCGGCGCCCCCGAGACCCCCGGGGGGACUAAGCUUCCAUCUGUCGCGGCUCUCACCUCGCCGUCGUCACUCCUUCCCGGCACGGGUGCUACUCCCUUCGGCUGGCCAGGUUCCCUCAGGACGGGCCCUCUCAGUCCGGCCAUGUUGUCGGGGCCGACAAAUGAUUAUUUCAGUGAUACUCAUCACAUCCGAGGCGGCUUCCCAACCCCCAACGAGUCUUCUCUGAGGACCGGUCUCACUCCCGGGGGCAGCGGGUCUAUGUUCCCGGCCCCAAGUCCCAACACGGCUCUCUUUGCUGGCCUUACUGCCGGCGUGCAAACCCCUAGUACGCUUGACUUCCACCGCACUGCUCUGAGUGUUCAGGCCAAGCGCGAGCCCAUCCAGGUCCAACAACCACCUCCUCCUGCCGUCACCUCUGCGCCCCAAGAAAUGAGCAAUGGGUCGAGCUUGAAGGCUGAAGUGAAGCCUCCCACAAAUUCCUAUGAUACACACGACAACGACGCGGCGAACGGGUUGUACAUGUUGGCCCAGGCACGUAACGGAACACAGCCUCCACCCCCGUCUCAGUACACGGCAGUUCCGCCUGCCCAGGUUCAUGUGCAUUCCAAUCAACAACCUGCUCCCGCUGUCCAACCCAUCAACACUUCUCCCCAGAUGAAUGGCAACUCGUCGAUUGGAGGAAGCUCAGCACGUGGUGUUAGUGAGACUGGCAGCGCCAUGUCUGAUGAGAGCGAACAGGCGCGUCCCGUGACCCGUGCCAAGGGGAAGAGAGGGUCGACCAGUGCUGCUGGCACUCGCAGAAAGGCCGAUGAUGGCCCUGCUGCCAAAGGGCCGGCCAAUAAAAAAGCGAAGACAAACGGUGGUCCUCCACCCUCGCAGCAGCCAGACUAUGACGAUCACUCUGAUGAUGAGGAUCAUCAUAUCAACAAAGACGGCACCAAGACCAAGAUGACAGACGAGGAGAAGAGGAAGAAUUUCCUUGAGCGCAACAGGGUUGCUGCACUCAAGUGUCGUCAGCGUAAGAAGCAGUGGCUAGCUAAUCUUCAAAGCAAGGUUGAGGAGUUCAGCCAAGAAAACGAGAACCUCACCCAUCAGAUUAGCGUCCUUCGUGAAGAAGUUGUUAACCUGAAGACGUUGUUACUUGCACACAAAGACUGCCCAGUAACACAGUCGCAACAUCAACAACAACAGCAACAACAAGGCAUCCACGCAGGUUACAUCCCACCACCACCACUGGAAUACAAUCCCCAGAUGGCCGCUUACCAAAUGGCUGGUGGGAUGCCGCCCAGCCAACCGGUGAUGGCUGCCCACACCGGUGGUCGCCGUUUCUCAUAGAACGAUCGAAACGUUGCGAAUCCGGAAGCGGCAUUGUUGCCAGCCCCGGGCAUAGCGACAGCUUCGGCAUCGUCACCAGUCCAAGUGUUCAGAGCAACAUAUGGUCUUGGAUUUUCUCCUCCUCAUGGCCCGCCUGAUACGGCAUAUCUUUCCCCGGCCGGCGGUGAUGACUUUGUCGAGGACUUGUCAAUUUUGGAGGCAAACGUGGGUGUAUAGUGAAUAGGCCGCGGGGCUUGUCUCCUGAAAUGGGGGCAGCACGCACAGCCGGUAUGGUGAGGGACCGGGUGAUAGGCACUUCGGUCCCUUACCCUGUAUGUAAUCAGCAACAACAUGGGUAUACAUCAAAAGGGCGUUUUGGCGUUUUUCCUAUGGGGUCAUUUGCUGUUUAUCGAUACUUUAGUUUCUUCGCUUUCUCGGUGGGUGGGAUUAUGAGGGCGUUGGCGGGAUAAAAGGCCUGCGCGGCGUGGGUUGAAGGCGAUGGGCACCACGGCAUGGACAUGCCGGUGGCCUGUUGUCCUUUUCUCGUGGUCUUUGCCAGUUUGCGAACAAGGACAAGGAAAUUUUUGGAUGCCUCGGCCUAAAGCUGGGCAGAUGGGCGGAUGGUUGACGAUGAACUGGUGUACUGGUAUGUAUGGGGUAUUUGUUUUUGUUCAUCUUUUCUCUCGCUGGCUGCCCACUCCGUCCUUUAGAGGGGGAGCGGCAGGUUGGUUGCAUCUAGCUUCUUAUAUCAAGAUAGUUAUCGCUCAUGCCAGGGGACGGAUGUCAAAUGAGCCAUGCGAUAGCAAUGAGGACAUCGAUUAGCAUAGCCAAGGGAGCAAUAAACCUUCAAGAUUAUACUUACUCUGUUCGAAGAUGAUGGCAUUCGUAUGUCCAAGGUGGUUUCUGGAUUACU